UCAGAGUGACACACGCUCAGACGUGACGCCAGCUGAGUUAGCCAAGCACUCCCGAUGACAUUUAUUUAUUUAUCUAUUCAUCUAGAGUCCGGCAGAGCUGUGUGCAUCUUCUCCUCUAGCCUGGUCUCUUCUGUUUUUUAUCCAUUUUUCUUUUUCUUUGUAAAUACAUGAGCAAACGAGCAGGCAGGGAAGGUGUUACACAUCUGGAUCAUACCAACGCAGCGGGUCGUGCUACUCGGGCCACUACAGACAUGAGGAUGCCUCACACCGCUGCGCAUAAAUGAUGAACACACUACGGGACUGCCACGCUUGAUCUUUGCAUAAACCCAGAUGCCUCCCCUCCCUCUUGAUGAGCGCAUAGUGGUCAUUCAGCGCCCUAAAAACUUAGCCCUGUGUGAGGCUUCCCCACAAACCAUCCCGCAACAUUCCUCUCAAAUAUCAGCUUCUUCCAAUGGACACCCACCUCACCUCCACCCCUCGCAGUCCCAUUUCUAUCCACCCGCCUGUAAAGCUCUGACUCUGGAAUGCAAGCACAGAUCCUCUCGUGUGCAGAAAUUCAAGAGCGACCAGCCGGUCAUCCCAGCAGGUGUCAGACACAUCCCUAGCCACUGCCAUAGCAAUGGCACAGUAACUCUUGGCCCACGGCUGCCCUCCCACACACAUACUAUUGAUAUCAGGGUGACUGUGGACAAAGGAGGACGGGGAGGAGGAAUCAGCAACUCACUUGGGCGCAACGGAAGUGUUAAAGGCAGCAGAGGGAAAUGUGCCUCUUCACAGUUGGAUCAAGGACAAUGUGAGAGAAAAACUGGAACUCUAGGGAGGCCAAGUGGAGCCGAACACAAGUCACAGCGAAGUCGCUAUAGUCAGCUGUCAUCUUCACCCGGAGGCGUCCUACAGUUUGUGCCAGCUCAGGCGCAGCAGCAUAGGUGCAGGAGUGAAAAGGAAAACUCCAGUUUUUCUAACAGAAGUGACCAGGAAUUUCCCUCUCUAGGUCACAAGAAGAAUUCCAAACUGGGAACGGUCCAUCAAAGCCAUAACAGUCACAAUCUGCCCUACCACCAAAACUCCGUCCCUGUGCCCCAUGCCGCCAUCCUAAACUCCAACUAUCCGUCAUCCCCACCCUCCCAACCCACCCAUGUCCCAGUCUCAUUUCAGCAACUCAGCCAGCCGCACCCGUCCCGCACCAGGGAUCUCCGCCCUCACAUUCUUCAUGGUCUACCCCUCUCCCCCUGCUCCUCCCACGCUGGAGGCUUCCCCAGCCCUGACCACACCUGCACCAUCGACUGCACCCACCCAUUCAGUUGUGGCUGCUGGAGGUUGGUAAGAUGCCGAGGUUGUAAGGGGCACUCUGCUAGCUGCCAAGGAGGUGGAGGAAGCUCUUCCACCUCAUUCUCCUGUGUUCAUAAUGUCGGAGCAGUGAAGAGAGGUGGCAAAGAUAUGGGCCUGAGAAAUCUGGGUGGGUGUCUCUCCACCGCCUCCACCUCCAACACCUCCUCUUCUAACAGCACUGUGUCAGACUGCCGAGCAAGCCUGUUCAAACCUCUCCGCUGUGCCUCCUGCUCUGGCGAGGCCGGAAACUUCGAGAGUCCUGCUAUCCUUCGCAAAAAACUAGUAGGGGGAUGCCUGCCCUGUACUCCCCUGUCCUCCUCGGCCCCUCUGCGGGCGAUACAGAGCUGCGUCACAGGCUGCAACCCCAAAGCCUCUCAGACAGGCAGCUCCACCUGCAGCUACUGCAGCAGCGAUCCCAUAGUGGUGACAUUCAACCCUCGCAGAGGCAAACCCCCAGGAAGAGGCAUUGGAGCAGCUCAUUCGAUGGGUAUGUUUCAAGCCGAUGAUGAUGACUACAGCGUGCGUACUAUCUGGCCUGAAGAACUGGCCAAGAAGAUGACCCAUUCUAAAGCCCAAAAGAAUCACUGUGCUGGGAUGGGAGUUGGAGUCGGGAAGACCUGUGCAACCAAGGCCCAAAAUGGCAGUAAUGGAACAGGCCUGGCACUCCUGGACUGUCAAAACCUCCAGGAAUAUGCGCAGUCUCAGCUAACAGACCACGCAGGCAGAAGACGGCUUCAGCAGGGGAAAAUGGCUGCCUUAGAUUUUAUGGGCCGCAGGUCGGGAUCUGGGUACGACGAAGGCCGUAACUCACUGAAGAGGCUCCUGAACAAAGCUGAAGACAUAGGAACUGAGCAAGACGGAGAUGUAGCAUAUCCACGUUCCCCCUCUCCACGCUCUGCAUCCCCACCGUCACCUGUGUCCUUUUCGCCUCCGCCGUCUGCCCCUACCACACUCAUCAAACCCAAACCUUGGCAGAGAGACAGGGAAGGAGGAGGACAUUCCCUGCCAUCGGCUCAGUCACUUCACCUGGCCCUUAACUCCCUGAACAGAGAGCAAGAUGAGGAGAACAGCAGAAUGCACCUUUCUCUGCCGCUCUCCUCUUCUUUGCCGGCCUCUUUGUCUGAUGAGACCGUGAUGACCCCCGAUGCGGAGAACGCCGUGGUCAGUCCCAUCCUGCCCUUCCUGUUUCUGGGCAACGAGAGAGACGCCCAGGACUUGGACCUGCUGCUGCGCCUCAACAUCGGCUACGUGGUUAACGUGACCACACACCUGCCCCUCUACCACGUCAACUCUGGGCUGCGCUACAAAAGGCUGCCCGCCACCGAUAACAGCAAGCAAAACCUUCGACAAUACUUUGAGGAGGUUUUUGAGUUCAUUGAGGAGGCAUAUCAGAGUGGACAGGGAGUGUUGGUACACUGCCAGGCAGGCGUGUCCCGUUCUGCAACCAUUGUCAUCGCCUACCUUAUGAAGCACACCCUCAUGACAAUGACAGAUGCCUACAAAUACGUGCGGAGCCGUCGCCCAGUGGUGUCUCCAAAUCUAAACUUCAUGGGCCAGCUUUUGGAGUUCGAGAGGGACCUCAACUCCGGGGUGACUCCUCGCAUCCUGAUGCCUAAGCUCAAUGGUGUGGAGACGCAGGUGUGAGAAAGGUCAGGGGGUCAGGAGCGCCUAGGGUUCCUGCAGGUUACGGAGAGAUUGAUGAGCGUCAAAGAAAAGAGUGCAGCACAUUGUAGAAGAGAGACAUGAUGAGAAAUAUUACAGCUGGAAAAUGGCAGUGUGUUUGGCAAUUAGUGCACUUUUAAUACUGUGAAA